AAAAUAUUCACAAUUCCCUCUCAUAUUUGUUGGGUCGUAAAAAAAUAAACACACCCACAAAACCCUAAUUUCAAAUCCAUCUCUCUCACUCUCGUUAGGGUUUUUGAAAAUGAAUUCUUCAAUACACAAAACCCCAAAAUCAGCAAACAGACAAUCUUUAUUCUUCAACGAUUUAUCUACACCAGUAACCAACCGCCGAUCCGGAUCCGGCAAAUUCACAACACCGGGUCAAGCCGCCGCCGUCUCCGCAUUAUGGCGUGAAAAUUUCGCCACGUCUGAUCUCCCACCACCGCCUAAUUUCACUCUUGAAGACCGCUCCGAUUUCUCACCCGAAUCCGGUUUCCAAUCGGACUUCCCAAUCGGUUCACCCGACCCACUUUCCCCAAACCCUAAAACCCCUAAUUCAAAUAAUAAACAAUUUUCUUCAAAUAAUAAAAAUCAGUCAUCACCAAACCCUGAUAGUACUUCUGGGUACAAGUUGUUUGGGGGGAAUCAGAGUGUACAGAGUCUAGGUGCAAGUUCGAGUUGGUGGUCUGGUGGUGGGAAAGCGGAUAACAGUGGUGAGGAUAAAGGGAAGGGGGUUUUGGGCUCGGGUUCGGGUUCCCCGGUUGAUGGAGUGGUGCAUAGGAAGCCCGAGGCGUUGAUUACGUUGCCACCGCCACGGGAAGUUGCUAGACCGGAGAUUAGGAGGAAUGCGGUUAAUGUUGGGAAUGUUGAUGAGGAAGAAUGGGUUACUGUUUAUGGGUUUUCGCCAGCAGACACAAAUUUAGUUCUUCGAGAGUUUGAAAAAUGUGGUGUAAUUCUCAAACAUAUUCCAGGUCCAAGAGAUUCUAAUUGGAUGCACAUACUUUACCAGAGUCGAUUUGAUGCUCAGAAGGCUCUCAGUAAGAACGGAAUGCAACUAAAUGGAGCUCUACUAAUUGGAGUGAAGCCAGUGGAUCCAAUGCUACGCCAGUCUCUGACUGAUAGACUCCACAAUCAAGGAUUUAUGCCUAUACCACCGCCAACAACUACUAGAAAAUCAGACCCAAUUGCUUUCAAUGCAUCUUCCCGCCCUUAUCAUCAAAAUGGUUCCACAUAUACCCCCCAAACUGGUGGAACCAUGGCUACCCCUGCUAAAUCAUUCUACUCUAAAUUUACAGAUUUGAUGUUUGGGUUGUAGCUGAGAUUAUAGAGUUUAAGCUGGCUAUGUUUUUGGAAGAUGAUGCAGUUGGUAUUUUAAGAGUAUUGUGUUAUCAGAGGCUUAUACAGCUUGUAAAAGACGACAAAGUCAUCAAAGAAUUUGUUUUUGCAAGCAAGUAUUUUUGUCUGUAAUGUAUUUGCAAUUUAUAUUGUAUGUUUUGGAUUUUGUCA